AUGGCCCUCAAAGCACUAGACCAGAGAGUAGCUUCCGCUUCUCCCGCACCGCCUAGAUCCUCAAACGGUACCGCGCGCCUUCAAGCCGGUCCAUCGACGCGGAUGCACCACGCAGCGUCUUCUUCCAAAGACGAGGCAAGAAAGAGAUGGUCACCCAUCAGAGAGCCAUCCUCUCGGUCGACGUCAUCGACACAGAAGUUGGACUUGUUCAACAACUUGGAAAAUAUGGACCCAGAUGAGCUCUUUGCUCGCCACACCAUCUCUGAGGUCAAGUUAGUGCAGCAAAGAUUACGAGCGGAUGCGGACGGGAAGCAGGAGGAGCUUCGACUCAUGGUCGGGGAACGGUACCGAGACCUCUUGGAGGCAUCCACUUCUAUUCUGGCGUUGGCUAAGUCCUCGAAGCAUGUUCUUCAAGCAUUGGACGGGAUGCGAGAGACUGUUCACUCCAUAAAUCCCGCACGGACCCCCAAGCGGGCCGUCACCGGUGAAGGUGAGAGUCGCAUGCUCCUUGGUAUGUUGCAAAAUCUGAAGCUGUUACAGACAAACAUUGCAGGCACUCCAGUCUCUGUCUGCCCACGUCAAACUCCUCCUGGACGCUCCCGAGCACCUGUGGCGCUCAUGGAGAAGAAGGCUUACCUCAACGCUGCUUGGUUGCUGCUUCUGGCCAGGGUGGUACAUCGAGCACUGUCUCAAGAGGAUGAGGAUGUGGCCUGGCAGACGUAUGGUAUAGAUGUCAUGGAGCAAAUGCCGCUUGUGCAACGCCAAUGGGACUCCAUCACUCCCUUCCGAUCCCAGAUAUCUCACAGGGCAACUCUCUCGCUGCGAGAAGCGAGCAGCAGUCCGGGGGAAGUCUGUGCUACGUUACUCACGCUCCAUGUUCUGGAGUCCCGACCGCUUCCGGAGACUCUCUCAAUUUAUCUGGCCCAACGUAUGAAGACCCUUGCGACCCUGCUCACCCGGAACGCCUCUACUUCUCAUGCAUCUGCCCGGUCCGUCGUGCGGGAAACCAGGCAGAAGACAGAAAAUGUACUCAGUCUUAUCGCGCUUACGAUCGCCACGGCAAGAGUGGUCUUCUCUUACGGUCGUGCGGAGUCGCCUUCCUUGAUGCAACAGGCGUUGCACUUCUUCCAAGCGUCAUCCGACAGUUCGCCGUCUCUUCCGCCGGAACUGCAGCUCUCGACACAAAUCCUCCUCGCAUCACUUCCCUCCUCGAGCCACCUCCUUCUGUUACCCCCAAGCAUCCGGGCCUUCAAGCCGUACAUCGACGGUACCGCAGUUGGAACAUCCGCUCUGCAGCCACACCUCGAGGACAAGCUGGAAAGCUGGUUCAAGAAGGCUCUUCAAGAUACGCGAAUCUGGGACGUUCGUACUUCCCUGCAGAUUUGGCUUAAAGCUGCGGAGGACCUGGAGUCUUCAGAACGGUCUGAAAUUCGAACCAUGGUCGAUUCAACCAGUCAACACCAAGCCGCCGCCGUUUGGAAGGAGGCUUUAGCGUCAAUAGAACGCUCAUUCCAGGUCUCUGUGAAGGAUACCAUGGAUGCUCUCGAUCAACAUGCAGACGAGCACCAAUUCGACACUCAACCCGUUGAGCACCUUUUCCAAGCCCCAAGCAUCCCUUCUGUGCUGCAAACAAGUGCCCACGGUGCAUCCGCCUCCGCCCAGUUCGCGAAAUACAAGUCCUCCUUGCAGCAGCAACUUAGCGGACGGACGCCGCUGCUCCAUUCGGCCUUGACAACGUUAGAGAGUCAUGCCACUGCUCUGCACGAGGACUUGUCCUUCAUGCUGCAGUCGGAUCAGGCUGAUCAUGACUUGAUCUCGCGGUUGUCAACAUCGUACCAACAAGAUGCAGAAGCGCUUUCGGAAAGCGUCUGCCGUAUGCUGGAUGCAAAUGCGGAAGUGGACGAUUCGUCUUGCAAACAUGCUAUAUUUCUCGCGAGGAUCUGUCAAGAACUUGGAGGACCCUCUGAGUUUUUCUCAAGGACAGGGUGUAGUUCGUCCGCUGCGGAAUGCGAUGACAGUUCGACCAGUCGACCAUCCCCUUACCUGACUCAAGCUCUGCUGUCCUUGGCAGCAGAGAUGCACAUCUUGCGGCGAUUCCAAGCCAGCACGACUCUUGGAUGUUUCAUCGACCUUCUUCUCGGACGGUUGGAGUACACAUCAGGUUCCGGUGCCGCGCAACAGUUGUGGGAUUUGGUAUUCCUCCGGGCGCUGAGUGGUCUAUGGGGGCUUGAUGGGGCGAAAAGUUCCGAAGAGAUCGCGUCACGAAUUUCUCGUCAGACUGAAGUGAGCUCGCGACUCGAGAGCUCUGUUCAGGAAUACCUGGCGAAGACGCAAAUCCUGCUGUCUGAGCUGCUGCCGACGCACGUGGGUGAGGGCGAGCGGACGACGACAAACAAGACGGGCAAGGCGUCCGCUUUGCUUCUGCUGGGCACGCCCUCUGUCGAGCAGCGUUUCGAGCCUGCGCUGGAACUGGUCAAAACGCCUCCUCGGUUUGGGCUGCUCUUGGUCGGCGGAGCGCCGGUUCGGUGA